AUGGGUUCAUCAGCCUAUUCACCUUUGGAUCAAUUCAUCCAAGUAAAUCCACACAGGAAAAUUGGAAUCAAGAAGAGGAAUCAUGGAAGACCGUGCAGUGCUGAAGAUGAGCCAGAAAUACCUCACUUGUGUUGGCUUACUGUAAAAAUUAUAUGUAUGCGAAAUCUCCGCAAAGCAGACCUGUUGAGCCAAACUGAUUGUUAUGUGAAGCUGUGGCUGCCCACAGCUUCACACCAGGAAGCCCGGACAAGAACUGUAUCCAACUGCAGAAACCCUGUCUGGAACGAAACUUUCCACUUCAUGAUACAAAGUGAGGUGAAGAACAUCCUGGAGCUGACAGUCUGUGAUGAAGAUACUUUGACACCAGAUGACCAGCUUUUGACUGUUCACUUUGAUGUAGCUAAAAUCCAACCUGGAAAAAAGGUUCACCUGAAUUUUGUCUUGAAUCCAGAGAAUCAGGAAGAACUAGAAGUGGAAUUUCUAUUGGAUAACAUUCCAGGUGUAUCUGAAAAGAUAAUUACUAAUGGUGUCCUAGUGUCUCGAGAAGUUUCCUGUGUGGAAGUACAAGUGGAUGACAAAAAAAUCAAGAGUCCUAACACAAGGAGAGAUUUCACCUUCACAAUGAAAGGAUCCUAUGAAGAAACCCAAGAUGUUUCCACGGGUCCUUCCUGCAGCAAGAGAGACAGUCAUACACCCACCUUCCAUUAUGUCAAGCACAGUCAACCCCAACUGGAUAUGGUGUUGCCAAAGGGGCGUUUUUACUGUGGUCAUGGCUCAAAUAGGAAGGAAAUGGAUGUAAAUAGUCCCCUUACUAUGCCUCUGAAUUCUCUGGACUUGGGAGAGAAAGUGACAAUAGUGCGAGGUGAAUCUUAUGAGGUGUCUGUGAAGGAAGAAGAUAGCUGCAAGAAUUUAGGUUUACGCUUGGGGUUUGAUCUAUGUGCAGAGGAAAAGGAUUUCAUCUGCAAAAGGAAGAAAAUAGUUGCUGCUGCUCUGAAAAACAUUCUUGAGCUAGACGAAGACCUGCAGGAGGAUGAGCAGGUGCCAGUGGUGGCAGUCGUGACUACAGCAGGGGGAGUGCGGUCCAUGACAUCGAUGUUUGGCAGUCUUCUGGCUCUCCAGGAAUUGGGUGUUUUGGACUGUGCCUCGUAUGUCAGUGGUUUGUCUGCCACAACAUGGACCAUGGCGAAGUUGUAUGAAGAUGCAAAUUGGUCACAGAAAGAUCUGAGAGGGCCAAUUGGGGAUAUCCGGAAGCAUGUGAUCAAGAGCAAGCUGCACUGUUUCUCCCUGGAUCAUCUGAAAUACUAUGAAAAGGAGCUUUGUGAAAGAAAGCAAGAGGGGCACAAGCUGUCUUUCACAGAUUUAUGGGGACUCUUCAUUGACUCCAUGAUACAUGAUGAGGAAAACACCUGUAAACUCUCUGAUCAGCAGCUGGCAGUGAAUCAGGGACAGAAUCCACUGCCCAUAUACCUGUCCCUCAAUGUCAAGGAUAACUUUACCACUCUGGAUUUUAAAGAGUGGGUGGAGUUCACGCCUUAUGAGGUGGGUUUCCUGAAAUAUGGGGCCUUUGUUCGUUCAGAGGAUUUUGGUAGUGAAUUCUUCAUGGGCUACCUGAUAAAGAAGAUCCCAGAAUCCCGGAUCUGCUUCUUGGAAGGCACAUGGAGUAAUAUAUUUUCCCAGAGUUUUAUGGAUGCUGUCUAUCUCUCUGGUCAUUCAGAAGACUUCUGGCACAGAUGGACCCGAGACACUGAGCAUGAAAUAGAGGAACACCCAUUUCUUCCCAAGAGGCCUCAUGAGCAAACAACUUCCUUAUCCGUUCCCAAAGGUUGCCUUUCCAAUACUCUUCGACAAAUGAUGACAGGACGGCCAGUGGUUUCAAACUAUCAUAAUUUCAUUAAGGGCUUGCAGCUGCAUAACAAGUAUUUAGAGAAUGAAAACUUUUGCAUGUGGAAAGACACAGUGCUUGAUUCUUCUCCCAACCAACUGAAUGAAAUGGGUGACUACCUCAAGCUGGUGGAUACAGCUUUCUUCAUCAAUACCAGCUGCCCACCCAUUUUGAGGCCAGAGAGGAAAGUGGAUGUCAUUUUGCAUUUAAAUUACAGCGGAGGAUCACAGAUUCUGCCACUGGACCUAUUCUCAGAAUACUGUUUGGAGCAAGGGAUCCCCUUCCCCUCCACAGAGCUGAGCCAGGAGGACAGAGAACACCUGAAGGAGUGCUACAUGUUUAAGGACAGCUUAGAGGCACCAAUCUUGGUCUAUUUUCCACUUGUGUGUGAUACCUUCCAAAAAUACAAGGCACCAAAUGUGGAGCGCAGUCCUGAGGAGAUGGAACAGGGAAGAGUAGAUGUGUCCAACUCUAUUGCUCCCUAUGGCACUGGUCUGCUUACAUAUACUGAAGAGAAUUUCAACAAGCUGUUGAACCUUUGCCACUACAACAUCCUGAAUAAUAAAUAUUUAAUUCUUCAAGCUUUGCAAGCUGCAGUGGAACGAAAGAAGCAAUUUAAAAACUGCUCACAACCUCAGUCAUCUAAACAGUCUUAAAAGUAUAUUUUGACAAAUCUCAUUAGAAAGAGAGAUACAGACAUUUUGUUAGUGGACUAGUGAAUAUCCAGGGAAUGUGAAUCUAUACAGAAUGAACGUGCAUGUUAGCUUGUUUAAAAAAAAAAAAAAAAAAAGGAAAAUCAUUCAUCUUAUUUAGUACUGUGUGUCAGGACUAAUGCUGGUUCUGAUGUUAAAGUUGUAGGCAAAUCAUGAUUAGUUUUUGAAACUUUCUCCACUGUUCUAGUGAAUGGGAAGGCACUAAUCAAGUUUAAGGGCUCCAUGUAGAUAU